AUGGGGCUGAGAUGGAGGGAAACUCUUAAGAAUCUUCUUCCAGAUUUGAGGUGGCUUGAUUGGCGAGAGUGCCAUUUCAUUCCUGAGCUAUGUAAUAUGGAUUUGAAGAAGUUACUCAUUCUCGAUCUGUCUAGGAGUCCGGUCACCAAAUAUUCACGAGUCUGGAGGCAAAUAAUGGAGGCGAGUCAAGAAGUUGCCCCAGAACUAGCCCAGAUGAAAUCUUUGAAGGAACUUUUGAUUGAUGGAACUGGCAUCGAAACAAUUCAUAUCCAAAAAGCUUCUUUGCAGAAACUCGAAAAACUUAGUGCUUGUGGCUGUGAAAAGCUGAAAGAUAUAUCCCCAAUUGGCCACCUAACGAAACUCAAAAGUCUUGCUCUGGAUGGUGCUAUUAAUUGGCAUCCGGAAAAUCCGAAACCUUUUGAGUUUCCUCAGAAUCUUCGGAGACUUUCUCUAAGGAAUUGUGAGAGGUUGUCGGAAGUUCCACCUUCCAUGGGGAACCUGAGGCUGCUGGAGGUGAUGGACCUUUCAUACACUGGAAUCAUAGAACUCCCAGGGUCAGUCAAGGAUUUGAGACAUCUGAAAACGCUGAAGAUGGAACACACUCACCUACAAAAAUUUCCUGAAGAUAUUGUGAAGUUGAAGAAACUGGAAGAGAUAGAUUUCUCUGGCUGCAGAAGUUUGAGGGGCCAAGUUCCUUGUGAUAUUUCAGGUUUAUCCUCUUUGAGAAUUUUGAGAUUGUCGUCGUCCAAUGUGGCUGGGCUGCCUCAGGGCAUUUGUGGUCACUCUCGCCUCCAAAUCCUUGACAUCCUUCGAUGCAACCGACUUCAAGCACUGCCAGAGUUGCCCUCCAGUUUACUCAGUCUCCGUUGGGGAUCCAGAAACAUGACAGUCCUCGACUUGUCAUAUUUGACAAAUCUGAAAGAGCUAUGCUUGAAAGAUUAUAAGCAGCCAGAAGCGUGGUCAUUGGGUCAGACUCCAAAUGUUGAGUGGAUCACGAGAUUACCAAGUCUAGAGACCUUGCAACUGUCCGUUUCAAAGGUCACCAAUCUCCCUGGGAAUUUUAGUGCCCUUACUCAGCUCCGGGAACUCUCUUUAUCCUACAUGAAGGAGCUAGACCUCACACAACUUCCCUCCUCAAGCUUAUUGACUCUGCGGCUCAAACACUGCAAGAUUCCAAAGCCAACAUUUUCUAGUCUGCAACACCAUCUGUCAGAACUAAAACUAAAAUACUGCGAAUUAGCAGAGAUUGUUUGUCUUGAAGAUUUAAAUCGUCUGGUAGUCCUGAUAAUUUUAUAUUGCAAAGGUGUGACAAACCUUAACGGGCUCAAAGAUUUACCACGUCUCAGGAAGGGCCACAAAAUACCCCAGACAAAUUCUUGGCAUCCAGCCAUUGGUAGCGGCAUCAACAGUCCCGCAUCAAAACCAUUGCUGAAGCCUGUAGGAUGCAUCCUCCAAAAGCCAUCUGCUGCCGCUCAGCUCUUUGAUUGCGAUGAGAAAGAGAAAACGAAGAAGUAG